UUUUUCAUUUUCCCGCUCUCUCGUUUUUCCACACUCUUUUCAUUCAAAAUCCAAUUUAAGCGUCUUUUAAAAAUGUAAUCAUUUUUCAGUUUUUUCUUGAGAUUUUUUUGAAUUUUUUUUUUCUUUUUCCAAUUUUAACGUUUCUUUACCUUAUUAAACACUUAAUUUUACAGAAAUCAUGUAUCCAACAGUUAAACUUUCUCAACAACUUCUUAAUACGCCUUUGGGUGGAUAUGGGUUUGAUAAUUCCGCUAUGGAACGGAAUUUGGCUUUUAACGAAUUAGCCAUCAAAAAUGGCGACAAGGAGUGUAAAACGAAUAUUACAAGUACUGGAACGACUAUUGUGGCUUCUGUUUUUAAGGACGGAGUAAUUGUCGGUGCAGAUGCCCGUUCUACAAUGGGAAAUUUGGUCUCUGUCAAGAAUGCUAUAAAAUUACAUCGUAUAACUGACUUAAUUUAUGCUGCUGGAGCAGGUUGUAAAUCAGACUUGGAAAAGGUUACAGCAAUGAUGGAAACGGAAAUGGAACUUUUUGAGUUGAAUAAUGAAGGGAAAAAAGCUCGGGUUAUGAUGGCUGGGCGUCGUUUACGGCAAUAUUUGUUUCAGUAUCAAGGCCAUGUCUCCGCUUAUUUAUUAGUUUGUGGCGUUGAUUCUACCGGAGCCUAUUUAUUCGAAGUUUCUGCCUCCGGCGGUGGAUUUUUAAAGCCUUUUAGCGCUGAUGGUUCAGGCUGUCUUUGUGCUAUAGCUGAAUUGGAAAAUGGAUUUAAGCCGGACAUGACGUAA